AUGGACAACACCACAUGGCUGGCCAACUACACUGGAGGAUCCAAUUUCAUCCUGUUGGGGCUCUUCACUCAAUCAAAUCACCCCGUUCUGCUCUCUGUGGUCAUUUUUGUGAUUUUCCUAAUGGCCUUGUCUGGAAAUGGCCUCCUGAUCUUCUUGAUACACUCUAAUGCCCACCUCCAAACACCUAUGUACUUUUUCAUAAGUCAGUUGUCCCUUAUGGAUGUGAUGUACAUUUCUGUCACUGUGCCCAAGAUGCUUAUAGACCAGGUCAUAGGUGUCAAAAAGAUCUCGAUUGCUGAAUGUGGGAUACAGAUGUUUCUAUACUCCACAUUAGUAGGAUCAGAGUUUUUUCUUCUAGCUGCCAUGGCCUAUGACAGGUACAUGGCCAUCUGCCAUCCCCUCCGCUACCCAGUUCUUAUGAACCGCAGGGUAUGUCUCCUCCUGGCAGCUGGUUGCUGGUUCUUGGGCUCAGUGGAUGGCUUCAUGCUCACUCCCAUCACCAUGACCUUUCCCUUUUGCAGAUCCAGGGAGAUCCAGCACUUCUUCUGUGAGGUCCCUGCCUUAAUGAAGCUCUCCUGCUCCGACACGUCACUCAUUGAGACACUCAUGUAUCUGUGCUGUGUGCUCAUGCUCCUUAUCCCCGUGACAGUCAUUUCAAGCUCUUAUUCCUUCAUCCUCAUCACCAUCCACAGGAUGAAGUCUGCAGAGGGCCGAAAAAAGGCCUUCACCACCUGUUCUUCCCACAUGACUGUGGUCACCCUAUUCUAUGGAGCGGCAAUCUACACCUACAUGAUCCCCAGCUCCUACCACACCGCAGAGAAGGACAUGGUAGUAUCUUUCUUCUACACCAUCCUCACUCCUGUACUAAACCCUUUAAUCUAUAGUCUCAGGAAUAAAGAUGUCACUGGGGCUCUGAAGAAAAUACUGCAUGUGAGACCUGUUAUUCAAGAAACUAUAAACUAG